CUCCUCUUUCCUACCCCUUUUCUCCAUCAAAACCCUCUCCACCAGAGUCUCCCGAUUCCUCUGCACCUCAUCUUCUUCUAAUGCUCCUCCUCAUCAUCUUCAACCCAUACUACUAAUAAUGGCGGAUAAUAAAACCCACACCCAGCUCAGUCCGCCAAAAGCCGACGACCCAAAACCCUUAAUUUACCCAGUUCCAUUGUCUCCCCCGUUUCCUCUGAUAUCGAAGCAGAUAGAGCUGAACAGAGCCCUCUCUGCGUCUUCGAAAUCAACCCUCUUUACUCUCUCGAGAAGUGAUGUAGUCUUCGAAGACGAGUAUCUGAUCGUCGUCAAUAAACCUCGGGGAAUUUAUUGCGAGACAGUCUUGUCCGCGAUCCCUCGUCUUCUCCAUGAUUCCCAAGUUGCAUCUGCAGGGACCGGAAUAAAAAACCCACAAGAAUUCCAUCUUGCAAAUCGACUGGAUCGUGACACGAGUGGUGUAAUGGUCAUAACCAAAUCUCAUAAAGUUGCAGGGAAGCUCGUGAAGGCAUUUACAGAUCACAAAGUUUCAAAGACAUACGUGGCUCUGUGUUGCGGCUCUGCUCCAAAUUGGGACAGCAUCAGCAUAAGGUCUGGUCAUGGAAGAUCGAAGCAUGGUGCCUGGAGAGUUUAUGCCGCAUCGGAUGUGGGUCGAUCGCUCCCAGGAGGUUCCGUAGUCAGGGAUAUGGCAACUUCAUUCCAAGUGCUAUCAGUGAACGGGAGGGAGAGAUUCAAAAACCCAACAACCAAAUCAAGUACUGAUCAACAAGAAGAAUUAGGUGAAGAACAAGAAGAAGAAAUGCUGGUUGUGGAAGAUGUUGGUGUGGGUGUCGCAUCCUCCACAGAUGAUGGUAAGAAAGAUGAGAUUUUGAUAAGAGCCAAUCCUCAAAGCGGUAGAACUCACCAGAUCCGCUUACAUUGUCAGUAUUUGGGGUUACCAAUAUGUGGGGAUGUGAAGUAUGAAGGCCCUCAUGAAUGGAAAGGGAAGACUUGGGAUGGCCAUGCCCUUCAUGCUCAGACCUUAUCUUUACAUCACCCAGUCACUGGUGUCCCUCUUAUAUUCCAAGCUCCUCUACCCUCCUGGGCCAAACCCAUUCAUUCCUAAA